AAGACAAUGAUCACAAGAGAUAGCAAGGUAGGGGGAGAGAGAAUAUGAGAGAGAGAGAGCAUACCAAUGGGAGACCAAGUUGGUAGGUUCGGAAGCUCGGACUUCGAUCUGAAAUAGCCAAGCAAGCCGGUUGAACACUUUGGUCGGCCCGCCAUCGCUCCUUGUCCCGGCCGUUAAAAGAGUGAAGAACUGAAGACCCUUCUCCUCCCUCCUCGUCGUUACCGCCGCCCGAUCUGCUGCAGAUGGUUGCUGAUCCCUCACGGCUUGGCUCAUGCUCUCUGCCUUCCUCCUCCAUCUUCCCAAUCCCUUCAAAUUCUUCCAUUUCGCGUGACUUGAUCCUUCCCACGACUCUCAGAAGUUUGAGCGUGAGAGAGGGAGGGAGAGAUCAUGGAUGGAGCUUCUCGUGAUUCGAACCCACAUUCUACCUCGGAGGAGGAAGCGAACAAGAGGAACACAGAUUGCGUCUACUUCCUGGCUUCUCCUUUGACAUGCAUCAAGGGAGCUGACUGUGAAUUUCGUCAUAGUGAAGUUGCAAGAGUUAAUCCCAGGGAUUGUUGGUUUUGGCGGAAUGGUAACUGUUUGAAUCCAAAAUGUGCUUUUAGGCAUCCGCCACUUGAUGGGUUUCGUGGAAAUUCAGCAGCACCUUCUUCAAGUGUAUCUCGACCUGCUUUACCACCUGCAGCACCAUUAGCACAUUUCCCUUCGUACAUGCCUGGUCCUUACCAGUCUCCUGCUUACAGUUCUAACAGACAAAAAAUUCCUUGCUAUUAUUUCCAGAAAGGAACUUGUUUAAAGGGUGAUAAAUGUCCUUUUAUGCAUGGGUCACAGCCUGCAGGUGAUUCUACUUCGUCACAGGUAGCAGAAACUGUUCCUGCUUCAGAUUCUCACUCCAUUAAGAAGACCAUGAAGGGAACUGGGGAUUCGAUUCUUCAGCAAGAGAAUCCUUCUGGGGACACCAUACAGCGAGUUGAGAUACCUGCAAUAGUAAAAGCUAAUGCUGAAGCUGGACAUGCAUCUACUUCACCUCCAGAAAAAAACUUGCUGAUUAAUGGAGGUGAUAAGUCAAGAAUGUGUAUCCAAUCUUCCAUGUUGGUUUGUGGUGGAAAUACCUUAAGCACUCACCAUACUCACCAAUCCCAAGUAAAUGAUGCCCAGGCCGAAAAUGGAAAGGACGUUGAUGAAUGUCUUGGUGAAUCUUCUCCUGGCUUUGAUGUUCUUGUUGAUGAUGAUGUGGAAGAAGCAGAGUACUUUGAUACUGACAUAGAAGGAGCCCUAAGCCAUAGUAGGAGGCAUUUGAAAUCCAUGAGGGAGUUUGACUACACUGCGUCAUGCAUGGAUCCUCUUGGUGAGUUUGAAGAGUCUGAGGUAGAUCCUCCUGAUGCAUAUAGGCGGAACCAGGAUCUACAUGGACGGGAGCAAAGCCAUGCUUGCAUGGAUUGGGGUCUAGAAAGACCUUCCUCAGAAGAAAGAAUACUGAGGUUCGGAGAAGAAAGCCAUGAUGUUACAAAUGGGCAGGAUUUGCGUUAUCAUCUCUCAAAGCAAAGAAGAGCUAAUGGGUCAGCAAUUGGUGCUGGUUCAGAUCGUCAUGGUGAUUUAUGGAGGAGAGAUGAUAAGUUGGAGAGAUAUCACAGGCAUUCUUAUGAGGAGCUGGCACAGUAUUCUAAUGUUGAAAGCUCCAUAAGUAGCCGUCUAAAGGGCAGGAUCAAGUUUCCAGGUAAUCAUUCUCAAGAUCCAUCUUCUGAGCGAUAUUUGGACAUGGAAACUAAGAGGAGACAAAUGAGGAUAAGAUCAUCUCCAAGCAGGUCCAUGGUGCAUCGUGAAACACACAAUAACAAGGCAAGGGGAAGACCGAAUGCGGCGCUCAGGACAGGAGAGAUUUCUGAUUACCCUCAGCAUAGUUCAGCAUCAUCCAACAGACAGAUACUGAAGAGUCAAGUCGUGCAUGAGGGAGAUGAGCAGAAUGUAAGACCAAGGAAGUUUUCCAGUCAAGACUCCAGUGCACAGCUUUCAUUUGAGGGUCCGAAGCCCCUCAGUGUUAUCCUCAAGAGAAAGCGAGCAAUGGUAUCUGUAGAUAGCAGUGGUUCAAGGAAUGCAGAUGAAAAGAGCCAGAUAGAAAGUCCAGAUGAGGCCUCUGAACCUAUGAAUAUGGUUCAGCCUUCUGAGAUCCUGAAAGAAUCUUGUUGUGAUGUUCAUGGUCCCAACAACGUCCAAAAUAGUAAAGGAAAGCUAGAUUCAAGGGAUGAAGUCUAUUCAGUUCAGAAUGAUGGGUUGCCUCUACAAAUGGACUGUAAUGCCCCGGUAGAAGAUGGUUCAGUGUUGGAGAUACAAGAUCAGCAUGCUGAAAAUCUGGAUGUGAAUGGAGAAUUUGAUGAUGCAGGGAGUGAAGGGAGAAAUUGGAAGGAAGAAAAUCCAGAUGGAGAAGAUGAAUACUUGGAGGAUGAAGAUGGGGAUGACUUUGCAAGGAAGUUGGGUGUAAUGUUUUCAUAAGCUGGCCAUCUUGGCAAAGCUGCACAAGCCAUGGGAUUAAGGCUCGUCUUCAUUUAUUGAAAUUUUCACUUGCCUUUUUUUGCGUCUCCUGUAGAAUAGCAGAAUCUGCAGGCUUUAAGUAUUACAAAAGGUGUCUGGUUUUUUAACUUCUUGGGAGCUUUCAAGCUCCUGAAAGGCAAAUAGACAGGUUGGUUCAGUCGCUGGGCACUUCAAUCCUUUUUUUCCUGGAUUUUUGAUGUACUUGCAUGGUAAAGGAUGUGUCUAAAAUUUCCUUUUGCCCAUCA